UAUGUCAUAUUUGAAAUUCUCGAUAAACAGUCAAGAAAAUUAAAAAAAAAUAUAUAAAGUUUUGUUUUUAUUUUAUUGGGGCUAAUUGUGGAACAAUGGGAAUAAUGAUGAGUACAACGUGCGCAUCCUCAAAUUGUGAUGCGGAAGACCCAAUUGACUUAAGUUUCCAGCUGUGCAAAAUAAUGCCGAAGGAGUUGCAAGUUAUAUCUCAACAUGAAUUGGAUUUGGAAUGUAGCAGAAUGUACACACUGUCGCGUGGAAUGCUGAACUCCAUUACAAAAGUCCCCAGGGAAAAUCUAUUGGAAAACCUUGGGCGAAUGCUACGUCGAGAGUCAAAAGCAUUGAAUGAUUGUUUUCAAGAAAUAGAUAAGAGACGCCAUGACAUUGUGAGUGUGGUCACUGAGCGCCUCAGUUCUUCUGGGAUUUACACAAAUGACGACAUUAUCAGUGACUACCAUGUCCCGAGCACUAAUUAUGAAAAUGUUGGCCGUUACAUAAGUUCCAAUAAGAACAUGGACAAUGUGCCAGAGACGAAGGAGCACCAGCAACAAACCCCAGAGACCAUCCGUCCGCAGACAGACAAUGAUGUGGACAUUGACGCCAGUGUUGAUGUCAUGUAACAGUGAUCAGGAUGAAAUCUUGAAACACAAACAAUCGCACACAUACACGCCGCCCGACUAAAAAAAAGUCAAUACACAUCCCUAAAUAGGAAUUGAUUGUGACCAUAACGAUGCCUCUCAAAUAAAUCAUAACAAUUGUUUAUGCUAA